AUGAGCGCGGCGGCGGCGCCCGGGCUGCGGCCGCACAGCUCGGGGCCCCCGGGCUCCCGCAGCGGCUCCCGCCCGCGCCCGCGCCCGCCCCCCGGGCCCCCGGCCCCCGGCGCGCCCCCCGGGCUGGGCGCGGCGCAGAAGCGCGUCCUGGAGCUGGAGAAGAGCCUGCGCUUCCUGCAGCAGCAGCACGCGGAGACGCUGGGCAAGCUCCACGCGGAGACGGAGCAGCUGAAGCGGGAGAACAGGGAUCUCCACUACAAGCUCAUCAUGCACCAGGGGCCACAGAAGAAAGGCAGCGUGUCCACCUCCAGCAUCCACUCCAACAAGUCGGUCUCGAAUUCGACGGUCUCAGCCAACUCUCACGGCAAGGCCAGGCCCCAGCCCGGCUCCUUCAAGAAGCAGGACUCAAAAGCCGACAUCCCCCAGAAAACAGACCUGGACGAGCAUCCAAGCCUUGCCCCACUUCACUGCAGCAAGACGGACGGAGGCCCCGGGGCACAGGCGCGGGCUAAAGAAGCGGAGCCCUCCCAGGCGGGGCCCGUCCCGGUAACCGGCAGGCAGGCAGCAGGGGUGCCCCUGGCCUCGAGCCUGCUCCUGCAGCUGCGCAAGCCCGCCACGCUGCAGCAGUGCGAGGUGGUCAUCCGCCAGCUGUGGAACGCCAACCUGCUGCAGGCCCAGGAGCUGCAGCACCUCAAGUCCCUCCUGGAAGGGAACCACAGGCCCAGGGCCGCCCCCGAGGAGCCAGGGCCCGGUUCUCCCAAGGACCAGGAGGCCACGCAGCUCCCCAAGGUCCCUGCCAAGAGCCCGGCCAGGAAAUGCCUGCUACUGAGCCCCGUGCCCGUGGCGGACCGUGCCAUCCUGCCCGCGCUCAAGCAGACCCUCAAGAGCAGCUUUGCCGAGCGGCAGAAGAGGCUGCAGGCGGUGCAGAGCCGGCGGCUGCACCGGCCUGUGCUGUGAGCUCCAGGCCAGGACCCCACAGAGCCUUCCGGAGGACCCCAGCCCUGCUAAGGCAGGCUCGAGUGGGACCACCACAACUUGCGGUAAAACCCUUGAUCUCACAAUUCAGAAGUUCUCAAUUUUCUUG